AUGGCCUGGACGGACGCGCCGACGCCGUCGUGGGCGAGACCCGCGAGCGCGGGCGGACCCGCGUCCACCAGCGGCGCACCCCCAGCCGACCCGGCGCCUCCCAUGGGCUACACGGGUCACGUAAAUCUUCAGGACAUGCUCCGCGAUCUCCUCGCGGCGUUCUACCAGGCGUACCUGGAGGACGCCACGGAACCGAGGCGACGGCGCAUGGCCGCGCUGCUGCAGCAGGCGGACCGGCACGGGCUGCUCGGCCCGUGCGCCGUGGAGGGCUUGGCGACGCUCUUCUCGUCCCUGACGCGCGAGUUCGCGGUGGACCCGCAGAGGUUCGCCGCCUUUUACCACUUUUUCUUCUUCGUCGCGCGGGACCGCGGCCAUCGCAACCUCGCGGACGCCACCGCGGUGGAGGGGUGGAGGUUUCUCCUGGGCGGCGGCCGGUUCGCCCUCCUCGAGCCGUGGUGCGCUUUCGUGCGCGAACGGCGCGAGGGCGGCAAGGGGGUGUCCGAGGACACGUGGUGCCAGGUGCUCGAUUUCGCGCACAGCUGUAACGACGCCUCGAGGGGCGGCGGCGGAUGUCUCGACGCGUACGACCCGCACGGCGCGUGGCCGGUCCUGGUGGACGAGUUCGUGGACCACGUGCGGGGGCGGGGGAAAGGAGGUGCCGAGGGUGCCGAUGACGGUGCCGAGGGUGCCGAUGACGGUGCCGAGGGUGCCGAUGAGGACGUCGACAUGGACGCGGGCGCGAUUCGCGGGGACGCGACGUACGAAUCGUCGAGCCGUCUCGCGUGUACAACGGCGGUGUACAACGGCGGCACCGCGGGGGGCAGCGGGCGCGGGUUCGGCGGCGCGGAUAGGUGGUCGUCCCGCGGCGGCGGCGGCGGCGGCGGGUUCAGCGGCGGGUCGGGCGACGGCGACGGGCGCGCGCCCGCGGUGGGGUGCAAGAGGCGGCUCAGCGCCGUGCUGGAGCUCGACGGGCUGGCGGAUCAGCUGGAGAGGCAGGCGAGGUGCUCGACGCCUCCGGUGCCCGCGGGGGGCGCGGGGCGCGCGGCGGCGGCGACCCCGAAUCCCACGACGGGAUCGCCCACGAGAAAGUUCUUCAGGAUGGACGGACACCCCGCGUAG